AUUUUACAUUUUUCAAAAACGAAAAUCAGAUUCCAAACCGGCCCUAAACAGCCGCUUUUUUCCUCUCUCUCGUGUUGUCCUAACCCCCAAACGCCUACCGCCACCAAUGGAGGAGGAUGCUGUGCACCAGAGAGGACCAGAUACCGGAAAAUUCGAAUACGGAUGCGAACACUACAAGAGACGAUGUAAGAUUCGAGCUCCUUGCUGUGAUCAGAUAUUUUCCUGCCGUCAUUGUCACAACGAGGCCACUAGCUUGCUAAGUAAUCCAAAAGAUCGACACGAAUUGGUCAGGCGUGACGUUAAGCAAGUUAUUUGUUCCUUCUGUGACACUGAGCAGGAGGUUGCUCAAUCUUGUUCUAACUGUGGUGUCAAGAUGGGAGAAUAUUUUUGCAACAUUUAAUUUUUUGAUGACGAUACAUCAAAGGGGCAGUUCCAUUGUGAUGAAUGCGGGAUUUGUAGGGUUGGUGGUCGUGACAAGUUUUUUCAUUGCAAGAAGUGUGGAUCUUGUUAUGUGGUGAGUCUGCAAAAUAAUCACUUGUGCGUGGAGAACUCCAUGAAGAAUUACUGCCCUGUUUGUUAUGAGUAUCUGUUCGAUUCCAUCAAAGGCACACAAGUUAUGAAGUGUGGGCAUACAAUGCAUAUGGAUUGCUUCAAAGAAAUGCUCAGACAAAACCAAUAUCGCUGCCCAUUAUGUUCGAAGACAAUGCUUGACAUGUCCGAACACUGGAACGUGUUAGAUAUGGAGAUUGAAGCUACAAAGAUGCCCGAGGAGUACAAGUAUGAGGUUUCAAUCCUAUGCAAUGAUUGCAUCAAAUCGAGCCAAGUUAUGUUCCACAUUCUUGGCCUCAAGUGCAAAUAUUGCAAUUCCUAUAACACCCGCAGGAUUUCACAGCCAGACGAAUCCAAUUCUGGUUGAUUUGAGAAUUUUGCUUAGCAAUACACAGUAGCAGAUUUACAGUUGCAACAACUUCCAAGCAUGAAGUUUCUUCUGUUGACAGCAUUUGAGAUUCAUUCAAGUGUCUGUGCCGUUUUCAAGUUUAGCUUUACAAAUUUCCUUCUAUUACUAUAUCUUACAAUUUAGAAUUCUCUAAACUUGAUGCCUCGCAGGUGCAGCUCAAUGGAUUGCUUGAGCUCUUGUAGUUAACCUUCUAUGUGAUAAAAGGGUUGAAGAUGCAAUUCUCAGAGAAAA